AAGCGCCUUCCUCAGUGCUGGUAUCUUUCCAGCUCGUGAGUGCGACCUUUAUAACUAGCGUACUAUUCUAACUUUGUACUUUGCUCACACAUGUUCACGAGAUGUCGAAUAUGUUCAUUAUGAGGAGAGCUGCCGUGCUUCCACUCUCGCGGACCAACUUCUGUCGGACAUUUUGUUCCUCGCAAAGUCUCCAAAUGGAAAGAAAAGGUUUGGUGCUGGGCGUGUUCGAGAAGAAAGAAGAGGAGGGCAUCUUUCGUUUGACGGAGGCAGCAGAAGGUUUUGACCGCAAAGUGUCCGGGAAACUCUCCGAACUACUGAAAAUUUCUGGAGUUCUCAAGAAGGGCAAAAGCAGAGUGUUCUAUGGAGUCCACAAGGAUUUUCCUUGCGUAGCUUUGGUCGCUCUGGAUGACGUCACGGCGGGCGUGUGCCGGGCGGAGAACUGGGACUCCACCAAGGAGAACAUCCGACAGGCUGUGUCAGCCGGCUGCAGGGUUCUUCAGGACCUGGAGGUCAACCACGUGGAGGUGGAUGGCUGCGGUGACCCUCAGGCGGCGGCAGAGGGCGCCUUACUGGGCCUAUUUCAGUACGACCAGCUGAAAUCCAAGAAAAAGCCCAAAGUCACUGUGCAGCCUCAUGCCAGUGCUGAAGUGACAGCGUGGGAGAGAGGAGUGCUGUAUGCCGAAGGCCAAAACUUGGCCCGCCUCCUCAUGGAAGCCCCAGCCAAUCACAUCACUCCCACCGCUUUUGCUGAGACCAUUGAAGAGAGGCUGGCGCAAUACGGUGACCGGGUCGUAGUCCAAAAGAGAUCCCAGGCGUGGAUCGAGGAGCAAGGGAUGGGGGCGUUUCUCAGCGUGUCCAAAGGCUCAGAGGAGCCCCCUGUCUUCCUGGAGCUGCACUACAAUGGUGCGCUCGACGGUGCCCAGGACCCGCUGCUUCUGGUCGGCAAGGGCGUCACCUUCGACAGCGGCGGCAUUUCUCUGAAGCCUUCCGCCUCCAUGGAUAUGAUGCGAGCCGACAUGGGCGGAGCCGCCACAGUGUGCGCCGCGGUCGUCACGGCGGCGUCCCUCAAGCUGCCCAUCAACAUCAUCGGCCUGGCUCCACUGUGUGAGAACAUGCCUAGCGGCAAGGCGACCAAACCGGGUGAUGUUGUUACGGCAAAGAACGGGAAAACCAUCCAGGUGGACAACACUGACGCAGAAGGCAGGCUUAUCCUCGCCGACGCGCUCUGUUACGCACACACCUUCAACCCCAGGGCUGUUGUCAACGUCGCUACGCUAACAGGCGCCAUGGACGUCGCGCUGGGCUCGGCGGCGACUGGAGUCUUCGCCAACUCUGAUUGGCUUUGGGAGCAGCUGCACAAGGCCAGUAUGGUGACAGGCGACAGAGUGUGGCGCAUGCCUCUGUUCCAGCACUACACCAGACAGGUGACGGACAGCCAGCUGGCCGACCUCAACAACAUCGGCAAGUACAGCCGGUCGGGCGGCGCGUGCACGGCGGCGGCGUUCCUCAGGGAAUUUGUCACCUCGCCACACUGGGCUCAUCUGGACAUCGCAGGAGUGAUGACCAACAAGGACGAAAUCCCGUACUUGAAGAAGGGCAUGUCGGGAAGGCCCACGCGCACCCUGGUGGAGUUUGCAGCCGCGUUGGCACACAAUAAAUAAGCAACUUUACAAAUACAGCGCUGCCUUGAUAUAAGAGUUCAAUUUGUCCUGUGACCACGCUUGUAACUCAAAUUACUUUUUCUCUCAAGUCAACUUUCCCCUUUGAAAUGAAUGGAAAUGACAAUCUGUUCCAGCCAGCCCCAAAAACAUACAUUUUUGCACCAUUUGUGUUCAAAUAUCAGGGUUUCCCAUUAUGUGUUAGCAUUAGCAUUCAGCUAGAGGCUAAGCUAUGUGAUUGCUUUAUAACCGCAACACGUAAUUCUAGUUUAGUUUGAUGGUAAACUCCCAAGUGGGAGUGGCAUUAAACAGCUUGACACCUCGAUUUUUUUGAUGAAUUGUUCACUAUUUGCAAAAACUGCUACUUAUUGUGAAGUGACUUGAGUUUACUGCCACCAUACAGCACCCUUAUCUCAAGUUUACGCUCUCAGGUCAAAGCAAAAACAAAAUCAUCCGAAUGAUGGCUUGUAUCUCAAAAGACGGAUCACUCGUAUCUCAAGGCAUCACUGUACUACAAUGACACUUUUGUACUACACCCAUGUAAAAACCAUAUUUAAAAAAAUAAACUCACGAAAAACUG